GCACCCCGAAGAGCCGCCGCCGCCGUCGCCCGGGGGACCGUACUGCGCCUGCGUGCGUCGCACCACGCAUGCGUACGCACUCAAGCCCCGCCCCACCCCCCGCUGGAGCUUUUCGUUUCUCCUGAGCGCGCGCUUGAGCAAUUGAAGAUUGAGGUGGCCCUUGUAAACGCCUGAUUAAAAAUUACCAGAUGGGACGCUCCAACUCCCUCCAGAGAGGCUUUGGAUGGUUGUUUGGAUGUUAGAGUCUAUCGAUUGGGGGAAGAGUCUCGUUGGUCUAUGUUAAAGUCUUGGAAUCCGGAGAUUUUUCGGGAGGCGCUGUCCUGGCCACCUAAAAUUCUGUCCUCUCUAGCGCCCUCGCCGCUCCAUCCUUUCGGUGCCUCGGGAGUCAGCCUUUCCGCAGGCGGUUGGAGGUGGUUCGCGAGCUGUGUUGUGUGCGGUCGCGUCGUUUGGGCCUGAUCUCGGUCCAGCUUUAGGGUUUUAGGUACUGCGGAGCGUGGGCGCCAUGUUCCUGGCCAGCUGUGCGCGGCCGAGGGGACACACCAGGUUUUGGAGGCGCUAAGGAUUCACUACCUUUCAGGGCUUUCUGUCCCUAAGAAAAAGUGCCUCAGGGUUUGGGAAUUAGGGGCAAAUAAAGCAAGUUGGACCAAAUCACAAGAUUCUGACCCUGGGAAAUUGAAGGGGCCACCAGGGUGCUUUCCUAGGCCGAGGGGGCGGGGGUUACCCCUAUCUGCCCUACUCCCUCGGGCGGCGCUUCAACUUCAACUAGACGCUGGUGCCCAGCUUUUCUAGGAUUCCUAGAUUAUAACCAGGUCGUGCUACGUUUUAGUUUAGCGUUCUGAUAAGCAAAUCGAGAGCUUAAUUUGCACCAACCAGUUUGCUAAGGGUUUUAGGUACCGUCACAUUCAGAAGUCUUCGGACGUCUGAGAUAGUUACUUACAUCUUAUAGGGGCAGCUCCCACCAAGGAAGAGUUGGCGACUUUUGACCCUGUGGACAGCAUUGUCUUCAACAUGGCCGCGGGCUCUGCUCCCAUGCAGCUGCAGCUUCGCGCUACCAUACGCUUGAAAAAUGGACUCUGUGUGCCCCGGAAAUGGACCUACCUCCUGACUGAAGAGAGCACAGAUCUUAGAACUGAAGGCCGCCCUGACAUGAAGACCAAACUCUUCAGUAGCUCAUGCCCAGAUGGAAUCAUGCUGAAAGAGACAGGCCAGGGUUACCAGCGUUUCCUCUUGUACAAUCGCUCGCCACACCCUCCAGAGAAGUGUGUGGAGGAAUUCCAGUCUCUGACGUCCUGCCUGAACUCUAAGGCCUUCUUACUGACUCCCAGGAAUGAAGAGGCUUGUGAGCUGACCAGUAACUGACCUGUAACUUCAUCUGUGCCUCCAGAUGGAUACAGUGGGAGCUGAGAUUAUGGUGGGGGGAAGAGAAGUUGGAGACUCCCAACCCCCUUUCAAGGUUAAUAAAGAUGGGUUUUCAAUUUU